AUUACAGAUAAAUGUCCUGAGGGAUGUCAAUACACUAUUUGCAGUACUCCACUUUAGGGGGGGCGCACUAACGGGAUUACUCAACAGUGUAACGUUGUGCAUUUAAAACAGACAAGGUGUCACACGGAACAGUCCGCUGUUUACUAUUGACGGUGAUCGUCGUUUCUGUUAUUUCUGUUAUUUCUGUUUAGGUUUUUAUUUAAACAAUGUAGAGAAGCAUACACCGAAGAUAAAAAAAAAGGGAAUAAAGAUUUGAAGAACUUGUUAGAAAGACUCUGAAGGCACGCAGUUAGACUUAACCAGACCGGAAACUGCGAAAGACUGUGCCUUCAAUAUAAAAGUAUUUUCCCAUCUCAACAUUAAUGUCGAGGCAUCUUCAUAUGUAAUUAUUCACAUUCCAAAUAGAGUACUAUUUUUAUUUGUAUAUCAAAUGAUUCGCAGAAUUUAUAUAAUUUUGAUUUAAAUUUGAUUUUUAUUAUACCGAUACUUUACUGAUGUGGAGAAAACAGGUAAAUCUAAGAAAAUAAAUGUAAAAAAUAUCUUCACUGCUUUCCUAAUUAAUUUACUUCUGCUAGUACUUUGUUUGACUGGCUUUUGCUUUUAGAAGUAUAACUAUAUAUUUGCUAUACUGCACUUUUUUUUAACCAACAUACAUAUCACAAUUCCUAAAAUAACCCCACAGAAAACACACAAAAAAAUUAAUUAAAAAAAAUUCAACAUUGAACCUACCCAGCAGUGGCACAAAUGAAAAAAAUAUUAAAAUUAAAAUGAAUUAAAUCCUUCCUAUAAUGGGUCCAUGUCCUUUAGAGAGCCGUCCCCUCUACUUUGGAAACCACUGCCUUAAAGUGACUGGAGCCAUUUGUGUGAUGUUUUGAUUUGCAGGCAGUGUUUAGCCAAUUCCCAUUCCUACAUACGCCUUAAAUUCAUGCUCUUGUCUCAGUUUUGUUCCAUUAUCGUGUUUGUUAUAGUUGUUUGAUGUUUUGAGACUAAAUUUACAUUCAAAUAACUUUCCCUGUUUCACAGACCAGCAACACUGUUCACUAAUGGGUGACUUUAAUGAUAAACCGUUUCUUCUUUGAGUUCUGCCUCAUUGUUUAAUAAUAUUUGUAACGAGGUUUUCUUUUCUUUCUUUUUUUUACAUCAGCUAGCUAGCCAAACGACCUCUAAAGAGUGUUACGUCACCACCCGCGUACUUUAUUUUGAAUAUUGAAAACCGGAAGCACUGUGCCUCUUUAAACCUAACUUGGUUGUCAGUGUGCGGCUGUGCUUGCUGUAGGGCUGGCUGAUUUGCCGGUGUUCGCUCCGCUCUCUCUCGCUCUCUCUCACUCUCUCACUCUUUCUCUCUGAGCUCCUAUGUCUCUCUCUCAGAGCUCAGCACUCACUCCGCCACAGCUUCUGCUUCUCUUCCCCUAAAUUUAAAAUACGGUAUUUAGAAAAAGGCUGUCACGCUGAUUUAAAGGAAGACCUCGUUGGGCUCUUUUUUUUUUGGAGGGGAGUGGGACGACUCCUAGCGGAUGUGUUCUUCGUCCUCUCUUCUGCAGCGCCCCGCAUUGCAACGGGAUGGGAGUUGGAUGAAGAGAAAGUCGGACGUGAAUUUUGAAGGAACGGGAGAGUGAGGAGCUGCAGCCUGAUAUAGCUCCCACGGCCGACAUGACCUACAUACCACAGAGCUUAACUCCAGGAUGGACACAGUAACUGAUGCUGCCGCUGCCGCCGCCGCUCUCCCUCCAACCGCUGAUGUUAGUGACCUUCGUGUCUAUUUGCUGCAGCUACAGAGAAGGAACAAGUGCGUGUGUGCCAGUUUACUAACCCAACAAAGCUAACGCGAGAUCUACGCACAGGAACGAAGCUGGACCAAAUCUGCAUGCUGGAUAUAUUGUUGACCUUCUGUCCCCUGUGGAGUCACUGAACCAGGUAAAUAAUUCAAGGAAUUGACCUGAGGCUCCAGGAAACUUUCACAUACUACUGUGAGACCACACAGACCCCCUCCUCUUCUGCACCAAGUCACAUGGAUGGGAGGUUCAAAGGUCUAGAACAAAGCAAGGUCUGGGACUUUACACCCUGUAAAUCUUUUAUCUCCUCCUCAUGAAGACUGGACAGUUUUUCUUGAACUAAUCAAAGCAACCCAGCAAUAAUAAAAAAAGUUAAAGUUCAACACAGGUGAAGUUCAGAUCCGAUCAGAGAUUCAUUUUCAGACUGUCGGUAGACAAAUCUCUCUGCCAUGCUGCUAGACUGUGGUCAGCCGUUACCUCUGCUGAGGCACACGGAUGUGCCACCGCGGGUCAUCGAGAACUUCAUCCUGACUGGCUACCGCUUCCCGAACUACAGCUUGAGGGACUGCUUGCUUUCAGCAUUCAGGCCCACCAAUGAAACAGGCAACUUCUGGACCCACUUCCUGCCAGUGUUUGUUUUUUCUUACUAUUUUGUGGAGGUGUUCGGCUGGGACGGGGCGCCGCAGGGCGACGCCCCGUUCUUCUAUCCUUUGUGGAACUACUACAUUGGCGUCUUCUGUCUGCUGAUGGCGAGCAGCAUGGCCCAUCUGCUCAACUCGAUGUCCCUGGUGGUAAGGGAAGUCUGCUUUUUUGUGGAUUACGGCACCAUCAGCUCGUACACCGUCGGCUCAUCGCUGGCAUAUUACUACUACAUCCACCCACGGGCGGGUGUCGUGGAGAAGGCAGGCCAAAACAACUCCUACUCUGAUGUAGAACCCGAACCUGCGGGACGUUUGUCUUCAUCCCAUGCCGUCCAGCAUUUCAACGUCUUCUUCGAGACCUGCUACAUCCCCUGCGCUUGUGUGGUGGCGAUCAUUUGCGUCCUGUCCUGCUGCAACACCCGCCAGCGGUGGAGGCGGCAUCGGUACAUCAUCCGAACCUUUGUGUUCCUCCUACCGUUCCUUGUCUCCUCCACACCGAUCUUCUACCGUCUUUUCACCAGAUCACCUUACCCCGCCACUUCCUCCUCCUUUGCCGUCUCGGCUUCGAUGCCCGUCUACUUCUACCGCCACUGCCUCUGGCUGCUGGUGUCGGCCAUCUUCAACAUCAGCAAGUUUCCUGAACGUCUGGCCCCCGGUCGCUUCGACAUCUGGGGCCACAGCCACCAGUGGUUCCACUGCUUCACGUUCCUCUCCAUCCUCGACGAACUCCACAUGAUCAAGACAGAGGUGAAGGCCCUCCUGCUGGGACCGUCUCUGCUGCUGCCCCCUGCUGCCCAACCACACCUGCCUGGACCUACGGUGUUAUCCACCUACGGGGUCAUGCUUCUCCUGCAGACCACCAUAAUCUCCAUCAUCAUCUGGUUCUCCUGGUGUGCCAGCUCUAGCUACGGACCCCAGGGGGACAAGCUUGACAAGGAAGACCACAAGGAACACACCAAAUGUCACUGAUCGCCCUUUAAAAAAACUCAAUUGUUAAAGAGUUGCUCCUGCGCCUGGAGCAGUGCUACAGAGGACUUUUUUUUUUUUUUGUAAAAAUCAAGUCCCUUCCCUCACAUUUGUUCCCGGAUGUAUCACUCACGAGCUUGAGAUAAGGACAAUGGAUGACGACGGGAUCAUUUUCUCGGAUGAUCGCGGCAGUGGCCGUAUGCUCCAGUGGAUUUUGAAAGAACUUGCAAACUCGCAGUCCUUGAGGUGUUCCAGGCAUGUUCUGACAGGAUGCAUGUGCAUUGGGAGAUAACUGCUACCUCCCGGGGCUGUAUACUCUGGGACAGAGCAAAGGUGUUGGCACCCACGAGUACACGUCCCAUGUAACAUUAGCGUAAUUUGGUGCGAAAGUAACUGCGACCAAUCAUCAUGUCUGCACGUCCUCUUCCUUUGACCUCAAAUGAUGUCUGUUGACAUUUGCCUUCGUUGUUUGUGUAGUCACUGAGAUGGUCAGGUAUUUGGACGUGUCGUUGUUUGGGGUACUUACACAUAGUGACCACCAACAGUGCUGUGCACACGUUAUUUAGAGGCGCUCUCGCUCAGUAAAACAUGGCUGCCUGCAGGGACACAUUUGAUCGUCCAAUCAAAAUGAAAUCUCAUUUAUUUGCCGUCCAUUUAAACCAUGACCGCAAACUACACCUGAUAAUGGCAGCCGUGUCUUCCAGUCAUAGAGAGUGUCCGUGGUGCUGUCCCAGCCAACUAUGUGCCAGGAUCUUAAAACAAUUGCACUUCAAAAAAAUGAAUAGCUUUCCUCUAAUCCAGCGGUGUCAAACAUACGGCUCGGGGGCCAAAACCGGCCCGCUACAGGGUUCAAUCCGGCCUGCUUGACAAAUUUUGAAAGUAAAAGAAAUGCACAAAAACUUCAUGUUUCUGAUGUUUUGUCAAAUUAUAUUUCAGUUAACAUAAAUAUUUCGUCUUUUUUUUUUUUGCAGGAAAACUUGACUUAUUAUGACUGUACUGGUCCGGCCCAUUUGACAUCUAUUCAGUGUAUGUGGCCCCUUGAACCAAAACGAGUUUGACACCCCUGUUCUAACCCUCUUUUUUUUUUUUUCCCCUCUCUGACUUGCACAAUAACCCC